UUGUUUGUUUUCAUUUUUCCGUCCUCCGAACGGACCGGAGCUGCCUCGCAAAAGCUGUCGUCAGAAAACAAGCAGGUUGCGAAACCCUAACACCUUCGCCCUCUAAAGGAAUGCGAGAUGGCGACGGAGGUAGUUCUGGAGAGGAUCUGGGUUCUCCAUGACAAGGUCAGCGACGCCAUCCACGACAUCUCCCGCGCUAACUAUUUCCGCUCCGUCAGUGGCCUCCGGGGUCAGGCGGUUCCUCCUGAGGAGGGAGGGAAUGAGGAGGCCGAGGAAGGGAAGCGUGGGUUCGUGUUAGUCAAGGAUUUUACGUCGAAGGAUUGCGAAGCUGCCAUGGCGGAGGUCAGGAGCCUCGGCGCCAUCCGGUCCGCGUUGGAGAAAGUUGAAGAACAGCUCGACUUCUUAAAUAUGAUACAUUCGCAACAAGAAGCUGAACGUAGUGCAGCUAUUGCAAGCUUGGAAGAAAGUCGACUCAUUCUUGCUAAGAGAUUGACUCAUCAUCAGGAAAAGUACAAGUUUAUUCAAGAUGCCACCGCAUUUUUUAAUAAUGUGGAUGACGUGAGCCAUUUUUUUGCGCCAGACGUCUCUAGUGAAAAUGACAGGACAAGGAGUCAGGAAGGUACGAACUCAAAAGCUCAAGAGGGAAGAAUAGUAUAUAGAUUACUGCAAAAGUGCAUAUCAAGAGUUGCUAUAGGUACAAAAUCAUUUAGAUCGAUGAGGAUAGACGGUGCUUUAGGGAGUGCUGCUAUGUUUGCUGUAAGUAUGCUUGCAUUUCUCCAGCUGAAUCAAUUUGCGGUCAAGUGCGAAGCAGGACAAACACAAGCUCAGACAUUCUACAGGAAGAAAACUUAUGUACAAUUCAUGCAUUUUGAUGUUUGGUCAGCUAGAGGAUAAUGAAGUGGAAGAGUUUGAAAUUCUAAAGAUGUCAUGAUGGAAAAUUCAAGCAUUUUGAUGUUUGGUCAGGCAGAGGAUGAUAAGGUGAAAGAGGUUAACCUCUUGAAUUAUAAGAUUUGAGGUGCUUGCAUAGUCCGUUGGGCAGACAUUCUCAGCCAACUACACGUGGACAAUUUUUGAGAUAACCAUGGUUUUGGUUGUUUUGUUUCGUUUACCUUCUAAUAUAUGAUUACAGAUUUAUAGCAAUUGCUCAUUGAUAAUUUUCUCAACUAGUUCUUGCUUUCUUAACCUCUGGUUAUAUACAAUAAGAUUGGAUUGUA